UUGUUUAAUCAAAGUGGUUAUCGAUAUCGACCUGUCAAGGAGACAUUUUUCAACAAACUGUCUCUGCAAAUUUGCAAAAUAGGAGACGACAAUCCUUUUAAGUUCUCUAAUUUCAUAUCAAAUCUGCCACCAAUUGGUGGUAGAGCGAUGCCUCGUUGUAGCAAACGCACGCGCAGUAGCGCGCCUACCAGUGAUGUAUUGCCUGGAGCCACAACCAUUGAUGACCACCAUCACCACAAACGAUCGAGAAACAGCAGUUCAAGAAGACAUUCCAAAACAGAGGAUACUAGUUUCAGUGUUAAGAAAUGUUUAGCAUGGUUUAAGGAAUACACAACAGUGUCAGAACCAGAUGUAUUAGGUCCAGAAGGCAUGGAAAAGUUCUGUGCGGAUAUAGGAGUUGACCCCGAAAAUGUUGUAAUGCUGGUCAUUGCUUACAAAAUGGGUGCCAAACAAAUGGGUUACUUUACACAAGAGGAAUGGUUAAAAGGUUUAACAGAACUCCAAUGUGACAGUGUACAAAAGUUACAAAACAAAUUAGAAUACCUACGCAGUCUUCUGAAUGACCCCUGUAUAUUUAAGGCUAUUUAUAGAUAUUCAUAUGAUUUUGCAAGGUUGUGGGUGCUGGUGCUGAGUGGGAGAUGGUGCGUGUGGUGCGCAGGACAGCGGGAAGCGGUCGCUGGACACGGCGGCGGUGCGCGCGCUGCUGGGCGUGCUGCUGCCGUGCUGUAUGUAGUUGUGUAUUUGUGGGUGCUGGUGCUGAGUGUGAGACGGUGCGUGUGGUGCACAGGACAGCGGGCAGCGGUCGCUGGACGCGGCGGUGACGCGCGCGCUGCUGGGCGUGCUGCUGCCGUGCUGUAUGUAGUUGUGUAUUUGUGGGUGCUGGUGCUGAGUGUGACGGUGCGUGUGGUGCACAGGACAGCGGGCAGCGGUCGCUGGACGCGGCGGCGGCGCGCGCGCUGCUGGGCGUACUGCUGCCGUGCUGUAUGUAGUUGUGUAUUUGUGGGUGCUGGUGCUGAGUGUGAGACCGUGCGUGUGGUGCACAGGACAGCGGGCAGCGGUCGCUGGACGCGGCGGCGGCGCGCGCGCUGCUGGGCGUGCUGCUGCCGUGCUGUAUGUAGUUGUGUAUUUGUGGGUGCUGGUGCUGAGUGUGAGACGGUGCGUGUGGUGCACAGGACAGCGGGCAGCGGUCGCUGGACGCGGCGGCGUCGCGCGCGCUGCUGGGCGUGCUGCUGCCGUGCUGUAUGUAGUUGUGUAUUUGUGGGUGCUGGUGCUGAGUGUGAGACGGUGCGUGUGGUGCACAGGACAGCGGGCAGCGGUCGCUGGACGCGGCGGUGGCGCGCGCGCUGCUGGGCGUGCUGCUGCCGUGCUGUAUGUAGUUGUGUAUUUGUGGGUGCUGGUGCUGAGUGUGAGACGGUGCGUGUGGUGCACAGGACAGCGGGCAGCGGUCGCUGGACGCGGCAGCGUCUCGCGCGCUGCUGGGUGUGCUGCAACCGCGCUGUAUGUAGUUGUGUAGUUGUGGGUGCUGAUGCUGGUGCUGAAUAUAAGACGGACAGCGGGCAGCGGUCGCUGGACGCGGCUGCGGCUCGCGCGCUACUAGGCGUACUGCUGCCACGCUGGCCGCUGCGUGUGCCGUUAGCCACGUUCCUGCAGCGCGAGCGGCGCUACCGAGUCGUCAACCGCGACCAGUGGUGCAACAUCCUCGAGUUCAGCCGCACCGUCGACCACCACCUCGCCGCGUACGACGCGGACGGCGCAUGGCCAGUAAUGCUUGACGAAUUUGUAGAGUGGCUGAGAGCGGAACGAGCCAACGAGGCGGCCAUGCCACCCGCUAGCUGA